CUGCCGGAGCAACAGCCGCAGGGGCCCUCGUGACAGGCUCCGCCCGCCCCCGGCCCCUCGCCAUGGCCAAGCAUGUUUUCCUCACCGGACCCCCAGGGAUUGGAAAGACGACAUUGAUCCAGAAAGCCACUGAAGCCCUAAAAUCCUCUGGGGUCCCUAUUGAUGGAUUUUACACAGAGGAAGUCAGAGAAGGCGGCAGGAGGAUAGGAUUUGAUGUCGUCACUUUGUCUGGGAGACGAGGAACUUUAUCUAGACUCGGUUCUGAUUCUUCUACUGCAAGACGCGAAUAUCGUGUUGGACAAUACGUAGUAGACCUGGUUUCAUUUGAGCACUUGGUGCUUCCUGUGCUGAGAAAUGUCGAUCUUGGCAGUGACACAGGGAAAAAAGUGCACGUAAUAGAUGAGGUUGGUAAAAUGGAACUCUUCAGCCAAUCUUUUAUUCAAGCAGUUCGUCAAACUCUGACUGCUUCAGGGACCACAAUUCUUGGAACUAUACCAAUACCUAAAGGCAAGCCAUUGGGUCUUGUGGAGGAAAUAAGAAGUCGGAAGGAUGUUAAGGUGUUCAAUGUUACUAAAGAAAACAGAGACAACAUUUUGCAAGAUAUUGUAACAACUGUGCAGAAUUGCAGGAAAUGAAGACCAUUUCUUGUUUGUAACCAUAAGCUCUUAUAGUGGAGGGCCCAACCCUACUCCAGGCCUGGGGCAACUUUACCAGUGUCUUCAAUAUGAGGAGGAUUGAGUCUGUAGCACUCUAAACGUGAAAAUGGGACAGUGGGCUUCCAUGUUUGUUUGUCAGUUGUUUACAUAUAAUUUACUCAGUUCACAAGGUUUAAAAAGACUCAUCCUGGGAUCAGAAAGUCAAGCAGUUGUUUCUGAUGCCAAUAAUAGUAGCGCAAAUUCAAUUAACUAUUUAUUAAAUUCAGUGGAACUAUUGAUUCAGCCCCUAAUCCUGCAACAUAUGGUGAGGGUAGCGUGCUGUGUCUACAGAGAAGCAUUAAAGUCAGCUCUGCACAGGCCCCACAGGCCUCCUGCACAUUGCAGAACUGGGGGCUGACACCUAUGUAAUAGAAUGUUGUCUGUGCAAGAUUUUGCUCGAUCUGCUUUGUGCAUUAUCACCACCACUAACACUGACCCUGGGGUUCUACAGCAGUGUGCCUCAACUAGCUCUCCAGUAUACCUCAGCUGGGUCAGCAUUACGAAUGAUGAUGAACAAAACAGAAUAGCUUGAUUCUCACGUUGCAGGAUAAGUAAACUGAGCAAAUGUGAUCUGAAAUCAUAAGACAAGUCCAUAAUAUAACUGGACAAUUCAUUUACAGAGUUGAAUUUUAGAGAAAAGAUUAACUUUAAGUUGCUCAGACAGUGCUUGAUAGGAAUGCUGCGUACUCUGUUUGUUUUUCACAUUUUCUAAUAGCUAAAAAAAAAGUCUUCAGGACCAUGGCUUUCUUCAUAAAAUCUUGACAGAUGUUUUUCAUAAAAUGUUUAAAAUAUCAAGCAGUAGACUUAAUGCUGCAUUUGACUAUCCAGGUUUAAAACUCCAUUAUGGUUUAUUGAGGCUUAACAAUUUGUUUCCUUUUCCAAUUCUGUGCAUGUUUUUUGGUUAAUGAUGAAACAAGAAACGAGAGUAUUAGACAACAUAUAUCCCCAGGAGGUUUGUAAAUGUGUUUAGGAAAAAAGCAUUUACCACUUAAUCAGUCUUGCAUGUCAUAAACUAAAUUUCCAGCCAGGUAUACUUUUGUUUUCAUGCAGCUUAAAGAGUUUUCUACUUCAAAGAUUUUGGAAGGAAAAGGACUGAAUUCCUUCCUUUCUUGUGUAGAGUGUAACAAAUGUUAAAAUAAACAUGUUGGUUAAAGGCA